GCCCAUCGAAGCCAAAUCCUAAAUCCCGUUCCGUUCCGUUCCGUUCCUCGUAAACCCACAGGCCCCAACGCGACGCGAGGGAGGCGAGGGGGAGAUGGGGGAAGAGACCCUCGUGGCCAUGCCGCUCGCGCCGCACCACCACCACGCCCACCUCCCCGCGCUCCCGCACCUCACCGCCCCGCCUCCGCCGCCGACGCCGACGCAGCGACCGUCCGCCGAGCCCGAGGUGACGGGACGGAGGGAAGAGGAGGAUCCUCCCGUGGACGGCGCCGUCGAGACUCCGCCGCGCGUGCCCAGAGCCGAGACUCUGCCCGGGAUCAUCGAUGCGGGAGAGGAUGUGUACUACGCGCGGAAGAUGCUGCAGGGGGCGGUGCUCCGCCCGCCGCCGCACCUGCCGCAGCCGGAGGCGCCGCCGGGGCUGACCAGGGCGCUCUCCGCGCCGGCGGCCGACGGCGAAGGUUACGUCGAGGGGGAGGAAGAGCAGAGGCCCGUCGAGCGGUCCGUGUCCGUGAACUCCGCGGCGGCCGCCGUCGUGGACGUUGCGUCCAUCGGGAGGUUUUUCCGCGACCGCCGCGACGUGCUCUCGUCGGCCAUCACGCGGCGCAUCUCCUCGCUGAAGGAAGCGUCAUCGCCUCCUCCUCCGGUGGGGAUGGACACCUACGGCGUGCAGGAGAUCCACCUCCCCAACGUGAAGGUCACCGUCCGCCUCAAGGACGCCAUCGAAGCCGACGCGGAGGACGACGCUGCCGGCGACGACGGCUUUACCUUCUCGGGCAGCCACAUCAAGGGCCGGGUCAGCUUCUUCUCCCGCUCGGGCUGCCGCGACUGCGCCGCCGUGCGCGCCUUCUUCCGCCAGUCCGUCCUCCCCUACGUCGAGAUCAACCUCGACGUCUUCCCGGAGCGGGAGGCCGAGUUCGCCUCCCGCGCGGGCGCCUCCGCGCGCGUCCCUCAGAUCUUCCUCAACGAGAAGCUACUCGGCGGGCUCGUCGUCCUCAACUCCCUGCGCAACAGCGGCGAGUUCGAGCGGCGCGUGCGGGACCUCGCCGGGAGGCGGUGCCCCGACGCGGCGCCGCGGGUGCCCGUGUACGGGUUUGACGAUCCCAGCAAGGAGGACGACAAGGAGGACGCCAUGGUGGGCAUCGUGAGGGUGCUCCGGCACCGCCUGCCGAUACAGGACCGGCUCGUCAGGCUCAAGCUCGUCAAGAACUGCUUCUCCGGCGCCGACAUGGUCGACGGCAUCGUGAACCAUUUGGAAUGCAGCAGGAAGAAGGCUGUGGAGAUCGGCAAGGAACUCGCAAGGAAGCACUUCAUCCACCAUGUCUUUAGAGAGAACGACUUCGAGGAUGGUAGCCAGAACCUAUACCGGUUCUUGGAACACGACCCUGCCGUCCCCAGGUACUACAACUUCAUCAGGGGAGCCACCAACGACGGCGAGCCCAAGCCGGCCGCCGCCAUCGGGCAGAGGAUGACCAAGAUCAUGGUCGCCAUCAUGGAGGCAUACGCCUCCGACGACAGCCGCCACCUUGACUACAGUCGCAUCGCGGCCAGCGAGGAGUUCAGAAGAUAUGUGAACCUGGUGCAGGAGCUCCAGAGGGUGGACAUGUCGGCGCUCCCCGCCGAGGAGAGGCUGCCGUUCUUCCUGAACCUGCACAACGCGAUGGCCAUCCACGCCGUCGUCAGGGUCGGCCAGCCGGGGGCCGUUGACCGGCGGUCCUUCUUCUCCGACUUCCAGUACGUCGUCGGCGGGCACCCGUACUCUCUUGCGACGAUCAGGAACGGCAUCCUGCGGUCCAACCGCCGGCAGCCCUACACCAUCGCCAGACCGUUCGGCUCGUCCGACAAGAGGCUCGAGUUGGUGCAGGGGAAGGUGAACCCGCUGGUCCAUUUCGGCCUCUGCGACGCCACGAGGUCGAGCCCGAUCGUGCGCUUCUUCUCCACGCAUGGGGUCGAGCCGGAGCUCCGGCACGCCGCGAGGGAGUUCUUCCUCACCGGCGGCGUGGAGAUCGACCUCGAGAGCCGCACCGUCCACCUCACCAGAAUCAUCAAAUGGUACAGUGCAGAUUUUGGGCAGGAGAGGGAGAUCCUCAAGUGGAUCUUGAACUACCUAGAUCCAACCAAAGCUGGGCUCUUGACACACCUCCUCAACGACGGCGGGCAGAUCAACAUCUCAUAUCUGAACUACGACUGGUCCUUGAACGUUUGAGGAGACCUUGAUUGUUGUAGUAGUGGCAUAAUUUAUUCAGAGUUGCAAGUCCUGUUGCUUUCUGUUCGAUUGGCUCAAUUGUCGAUGGACAGAAGCAUUGAGCAUAUAAGCCAUCAGCAAGUGGAGCUUAUUGCAAGAUUGAAGUCUGAGGAUGUGUAUAUAUAUAGUACUGGUAAGUCUGUAACUGUAAGCAUGUUAAAGUGGGUUUAUGGAAUAGAUAAAAAGUGAAGUAUGUUUGUUGUGAGGAUAAAAUGCAUUGUCUCGGUCACUGUGCAUGUUUUUUUUGGCUAACUAAUUAUACACAACGAAAUCUCGUAUGGCCUCCGUUAUAUUCGAACCAAACGACCAAUCUACUAUAUUCAGCCUGCCGCCACCAUGUAAGACAUUAUUGAAGUAUGGAGAGAGUAUAAAGUUGUAGUCAUC